CGUCACUCGGAGUUUCCCCCGUUUCCUGGUUUUGGCCGCGGUCCUCCUGGCUCUGACUGUCAAAGUGAGGAAGAACCCCAGAUGCCCCUACGCCCCGCAUCCCUCUCACCCCUCGAACACAAACCCGGAGCAUGGCCUUCAGGAGGGCCCUCAGGCGUACGGCCCUGCUCGGAGGAGGGGCAGUGGUCACAGCCUUCGGCCUCUCUCAGCUACUCGAGUACAGGAAGAAGCAGGCGCGGCUAGCCCAUGUGGCCGCGGAGGCAGAUCUGAAGAUCCCUUUCUCCAGUGAGCUGCCCUCUCGUCAGGCCCAGCUAUCGGCCCUCAAGGACACAGAGGAGUUUGACGUGCUGAUCGUGGGGGGAGGAGCCACAGGAGCCGGAUGUGCCUUAGACGCUGUCACACGCAACCUGAAGACUGCCCUGGUGGAGAGAAGUGACUUCUCCUCUGGCACCAGCAGCCGCAGCACCAAGCUGAUCCAUGGGGGGGUGCGCUACCUGCAGAAGGCCAUCAUGAAGCUGGACUAUGAACAGUACAUGAUGGUGAAAGAGGCCCUCCAUGAACGAGCUAACCUGCUGGAGAUCGCCCCGCACCUGUCAGCCCCACUGCCCAUCAUGCUGCCUGUGUAUAAAUGGUGGCAGCUGCCUUACUACUGGGCCGGCAUAAAGAUGUACGACCUGGUGGCAGGGAUCCAGUGCCUGAAGAGCAGCUACGUGCUGAGCAAGUCCAAGGCCCUGGAGCUGUUCCCCAUGCUCAAGAAGGACAAGCUGGUGGGGGCCAUCGUCUACUAUGAUGGACAACACAAUGACGCCCGCAUGAACCUGGCCAUCGCUCUGACGGCAGCGCGUCACGGAGCCGCCAUGGCCAACUACACAGAGGUGGUGUCCCUGCUGAAGCGCACCGACCCUGGAACUGGAGAGGAGAAAGUGUGUGGGGCGCGCUGCAGGGACGUGCUCACGGGAGAGGAGUUUGACGUGAGGGCCAAGUGUGUGAUCAACGCCACCGGGCCCUUCACAGACUCUCUGAGGAAGAUGGACAACCAGGAGACCGCCAACAUCUGCCAGCCCAGCGCGGGGGUGCACAUCGUCAUCCCGGGAUACUACAGUCCAGACAACAUGGGUCUGCUGGAUCCGGCCACCAGCGACGGCCGUGUCAUCUUCUUCUUGCCUUGGGAGAAGAUGACCAUCGCGGGGACCACAGACACCCCCACCGACGUGACCGCCCACCCCAUCCCCGGAGAGGAGGACAUCAACUUCAUCCUGACAGAGAUACGCAACUACCUCAGCCCUGACGUGGAAGUGCGCAGAGGAGACGUGCUGGCAGCCUGGAGCGGCAUCCGGCCCCUGGUCACCGACCCCAACUCCAAAGACACCCAGUCCAUCUGCCGCAACCAUGUGGUCAGUGUGAGCAACAGCGGGCUGGUCACCAUCGCAGGAGGGAAGUGGACCACAUACCGCUCCAUGGCGGAGGAGACCCUGGACGCAGCGGUGGAGGCGCACCAGCUGAAGGCCGAGCCCUGCAGAACUGUGGGGCUGAUGCUGGAGGGGGGCAGAGGCUGGACCCCCACACUCUACAUCAGACUGGUGCAGGACUACGGACUGGAAGUGGAGGUGGCACAGCACCUGGCCUCCACAUAUGGCUCCCGGGCGUUUGAUGUGGCUAAGAUGGCACACGUGACCGGACAGCGGUGGCCUAUCGUGGGCCAACGCUUGGUGUCUGAGUUCCCCUACAUCGAGAGUGAGGUGUCGUAUGCGAUCAAAGAGUACGCGUGCACCGUGAUAGACGUGAUCGCGCGCCGCACUCGCCUGGGCUUCCUCAACGUGCAGGCUGCAGACGAGGCUCUACCGCGCAUCGCUCAGAUCAUGGCCAAAGAGCUGAACUGGAGCGAGGAGAGGACCAAGGCGGAGCUGGAGGCGGCGCAGAAGUUCCUGUAUCACGAGAUGGGCUACAGGGCUCGUGAUGAACAACUGUCCAAGACCACGGAGAUCAACCUCGACUACCAGGAAGUCAUCAGGUACAAGAAGCGCUUCCACAAGUUUGACAAGGAGAGCAAAGGCUUCAUCACCACCGUGGACGUACAGCGUGUGCUCCAGAGCAUAAACGUCCACAUCGAUGAGAACGCCCUCCACGAGAUCCUCAACGAGGUGGACCUGAACAAGAACGGACAGGUGGAGUUUGAUGAGUUCCUGCAGCUCAUGAGCGCGGUGAAGAAGGGCCAAGUGUCUGACAGCCGACUGGCCAUCCUUCUCAAGUCUGCGGAGGAGACGCUGGACCAGAGAGGACCUGUGACGGUGGACCGCAGCGGGGGCGGCGUCUGACCGCACACAACCAUACACACCCAUACACACCCAUACACACCCAUACACACCCAUACACACCCAUACACAACCAUGUACAACGCCACUAAAGAGGGAGUAUUACACAAAAUAGAUCACCAUGUUAUAACGGAGUUCACCCGUCAAAAACAUGCAUGAAGAGGUUUUAGAGGAAUUUAGUGAUCUCUCCCGUGGUCCGAACUAGAGCCCAACUGAUUUUUCUUACAGCCGAUAUGAUACUAAGACAGUGGGAGUUAGAGGUGCUGAUAACUGAUAUAUUUAGUGAUGUAAAAAUUCACUGUAAAUCAGUUGAUUAUAAAACUUAGGUUUGGCUCUAUUGGAUUUUAUAUUGGGUUUACGUCAGAUAAAGAAAGUAACUCUGGCGCUGAAGUUCACUUUUAUUACCGUCAGUAUCAUGGAUCAGACACAAGAGCGUUUAAAACAGUGCCUCAGUGCUGUGCAUGUGGACAUGACUCAGGUGACAUGGAAGUGACAUGACUCUGGAGGUGUGUUCAGGGGCAGUACGGCGUCACACUCUGCAGAUAAAUAUUGACGAGGCGCCACAUAUUAAGACUUUUAACUGUCUGUAAAUUGGUUUAAAUGGACAUAAUAUAGAGAGUCUACGUUUUAUAACGAGGUUUAACAUGUCCACAUGGUCUAAAUGUGACAAUAGUUGGUAUGUCUCUAAGUGUCCCAUAUCGGCCAAAAAUAUCAGCCAACCGAUAUACCAGUCGGGCCCUAGUUCAAACCCUCCUUACGUUUAGCAGUACGAUUCUGUCCAAAGCUCCGCCCACAAGCCUACAUCAUCUAUGCUUCAACACGACAAUUCUACAUAAAUGUAUAAAACAUGAUACAAAACAAUGCACUACGACUUCACAAACCAUGUGCAUGACGAUUUUAAUAUGAAACUUAUAAAACUUGUCAGUACGUUGUUUUCAGCGAAUUUUCAGCAUUUUCAAAGGAGUAAAAGUAACAUGGUGAUCUAAAUAUGUUACGUGUUAGCCGUUAGUAAAAGUUUAAUACUCCCUCUUUAAACAGUGGGCGGGGCUUAUGGUUCCACAAGUGAAAUUCACACUCCAUUUUAUCUCAUUGACUUUUAUAUAGAAAAAAGUAUAAGGAGGCUGAUGAGCUUUGGGGGUAACUUAGGGUUCUGUUAAUAAGUGUCACUGUCAAGUUUCUGAUUUAAGAUUUAAGAGCACAUUUUACUGAAAAGGUUUGAGUUUGAGUUUUGAGUAUUUAACGUUUAAUGUCAGACGGCAAUAAAUAACAGUUUUAAAUUUAAAGUAGAGCCAAUUCUGAGGCAAUAAAAGCGUGUUUGGAGCAGGAUUUCAAACUUAAAACAAUGCAUUAAUAGCCUUGUUAAAAAAAAAAAAAAAAGUUAGAGUUUUUUUUUAUGUCCACAAAUUCACAUAUAUUUAUUAUUAUUAUAUUAUUAUUUAUUUAAAUUUUACCAAAAAAUAAAAUAAAAUAAAUAAAUAAAUAUAAAUUAAAAACUGGGGCUCUGUCGAUAUGCGGAAAAUGUUUUGAUAAUUUUUUGCGUCAAGAUUUUUUAACUUUUUAUUUUAUUUAAGAUUUAAGAUUUUGUGAACUCUUAAGAAAAAUACAAAAUGUCAGUCAGUUCUUUAUGGUCAGAUUUUUUUUUAAACUAAGAUCAGAUUAAAGUCACAGAGCUUUAGACAGAACAGUGCCUCAGUUAGCUUCACUCCCCCAGGAAAUUUGGAUGACAUCAGCUGCAAAGUAUCAACACAGCUCUGUUUAAGUUAACUUUUGUCAAUUUACUCAACUCUAGUGUGCACUAAUCCAACCGUUAUCUAAACCUUUAAAUAAAAAAUGUCCAAAAAGUCCAUAAAAUAAAAUAUUAUCGAGAAUUUUGCUUGUCGAACCCAAAGCGUGUGUCCGUGUUGAGCUCCUCAGUUGGAUUCAAAUGCGAUGAUCUGAAAACAAAGGCGUAAUCAGGGACAGUGCUUAUGGCCAAAUCAGACCCCGAGCCGUCUGCCUCCUUCGCCGCUCCCAUAUCACUUUUCUACUGUCUUUUUUUUUACUCAUUUUAUACUCGCACACAGACUUUUAUUUUUACUCAUACUAUUAGAAAGGCGGCUUGUUUUUAAGGCAACUAAACUUUAAUUUGGUUCUUUUUGUUUCGUUUUCUGUUCAAACUAUUCUAAAAUUCAGCAUUUUAUGUUAGUAAAUAACACUGUGGGCCUUCAUACAUAAAGUCUGUAAGAUAAGAUGGCAGGGGUUUGUUUAUGAUACUGAUAAUAUUAUUACAAUAGUACAUAUAGUGCAAAUGUAUUUUUAUAGUUUUGUAUAAGCACUACAUGCAUACAUAAUUUUAUUCUGUUCUUUUAAAGGUGCACUGUGUAACUUCUCUGGUGGGGUUUCCAUUUGUCUUCAUUUUUGCUUGGAAUGUUCCACAGUUUGGCAUUAAACCAUGGAGGAAUGUUGGCGAUGCUACCAAGCCAAUUUACAGGUCAGAUCUGUGCAGAGGGGAGGUAGCUCUCUGUAAGAAUACACAUUUUUCUGUGUAUUUUUCUUCUGUAACUGUAUAAAUGCCAGAUGAACUGCAGUUUAAUGCCAUUCUGUAGAACUUUACAAGCAAUGCAAUCCAAUCUCUGGAGAUGAGUAGCAGUGUUUCCCACAGCACUUUAUACAUGCAUCACGAAUUUCCGACUUCCGGUCAUCACACUAUGCAUACUGGGAAUGAUUUUCUAAAAAAGUGAGCGUCAAACCGCCAUGUUUGUUUUCCCAGUGGGAUGCGUCUAUUGUCAAAGUCGAUCUUUUCUGGUCUUUUGAACCAUAUCACUUUUGCUUCUGAUUCUGAUAUUGUCAUAUUUUAGUUUUGGGAUUUGGACAUUGUAAUUGUGUGGUUGUUGGAUCCUAACAGUGCAAAACGACUUGAGAAAUUUGUUUGUGAACUCCAUAACUGCAAAGGGAAUCAGAUGUUUUGUGACUGUAAACCUCUGUUCAAACUGUUUCUCUUCCCAACGGAACAGAAAAAUAGUGAAAGGUGAAGGUGAUGGGCAGGACUGACACACAGGAAGGACCAAAAAGGAAACUUUUGACUGUCUAAGAAAUCAUCCCAAGUUUGCAGUGAACAUUUUGUAUGUGGAGAAAAAUCCGGAUCCCUCGCUCAACCUCGAUUACGAAUUUAAAAAGUCAAUGCCAAAGCAAAAGGCACCAACUGUUCACCAAAAAACACCUUCCACUGCAAAGAGACCAAGACGUGAUGUUGCUGUAAAACCACAAGAACAAAAAAGUGCAGCUCAGUCUGUCUGUCUUCUGCACGUCUUGCUUAACAAACAGAAUUUUGCUUUGAUGAUUGUUUUGCUGUUAGGAUCCAACAACCACACAAUUACAAUGUCCGAAUCCUGUAACUAAAAUAUUCAAUAACAGAACCAGAAACAAAAGUGAUAUGGUUCAAAAGACUUGAAAAGAAAAUAUCAAUAGACACAUCCCACUGUGAAAUCAAACAUGGAGGUUUGAUGCUCACUUUUUCAGAAAAUCCUUCUCAGUUUGCAUCGCUCAAUGACCGGAAGUCCGAAAUUUGUGAUGCAUCUAUAGUUAAGGCUGCCUUGACAACAAGUGGCCCCCGCCUUGACUAAGUCCCUCCAAACCACAGGAAUCCUCGCAAAACUACAGUCGUCUCACAGAAUCUCCGCGCACCCCUGCUCCUGACUUUUUCGGCACCAGCUUCUUGCUUAACCAAUUUUCUGUGGGAAACACUCAUUAUGUUGUGAAUACCCUGGCUGAUAUGUGCGUCUCUCUGAUAAAUGUGUAGAACUCACUUCAGUGUGGAACUGCUCACUGAAAGUGAUCAGAAAAGGCAGACUGUCAUAACAAAUGUUUGAAUCUGAUUGGUCAAAGCGUCACAGCAGCG